AUGGAUCCUUUAAUAGCUAAAGGAGUUGAAAUAGAGGUAUUAGAAUCACAGGCACCAAAGUCGCAGCCUGCGGAAACCCUAGAGGUUCAGCAGCAUGCAAAAACCCUAGCGCACACCACCCCAGUUGCGGAAGCAAUCGAUAUGCGACGUAUCGAAUCAACUUCGGGGUUAUCAACAAAAGAAAAGGAGCUGAUACUGGUCGAUCUACAGCCAUCUCCUGAGAAAAUAGCUGAGGAAUCCCUUGUUCCAAAUCUGCCACAAUCAGCGAACAAAUUCUCAGUGCUCCAAGAACAAGAUGAUGAAGAAACGGACCUUGUUGGAGAUAAAGAAGAUGCUGAGGAGAUUAUUGUUACUGAGGAAAUAGAUCAUGCUAAUGCCAUUAAUUCAGUACAGCUUGUGGAUAAUCCAGAUUCAGGAUGA